AUGGCCGGCGGUUUCGAACCCAUUGACCCUGAGCAGUGUCAACAUUAUGCCCACUUCGCCGCACAUCUCAACCGGACGGCCUUUGAUGGGAUAUACUGGUCCCUCUUUGUGUUUGUCAUAAUCAUGCUUUUCCUCGCCUCAUGGAAGUACUCAGGGACCUGCGAGGCACUGGCGAAUUCCAGAGCUGGGACAAAGCACUACCGACACAAGAUGCAGCGAUGCUUAUUGAUCUGCACCGGUUAUUUUCUGCUUUCCAUCAUUGCCCUCGUCAUGGAGGUUUACGCUCUGCUGGCCUUGCAAUUCUGUGAUGGAGAAGACCUCAUGUCGCUGUACUGGUCUACUUGGACGAUGCUACAGGUUGGCUCGCUCAUAGCCAUCUUGGGCAUUAUCCUAGCUGCCUUCAACGCCAUUCGGGAUAGAAAGAACCCACCUUGGGCACUAGCACUCGGUACUCCUGUCCUCGUCGUUGCCGGUAUCGGUCACGCCUUCCACGGCGCCAUGCGCAAGCGUGUGCAGCGCGUUCGAUCCAGGAGCUUACGCUCUCGGAGCCGGGGCAGAUCAGAGAGUAGCCUCAAUGGAAUCUCCACCAACGAUUUGCCCAUGAGCAGGGAGGAGACGAUCCGCGUAGAAGAAUGUCCCAGCGGUGAUAACAACAACAACGAAUACCGCGCCAAACUACUCGGCUACACCCCCGAAGGCGCCCCAAUUCUCCAGUUCGUCGAUGACCCCGGCAACAGCAUCGAUCCCGAGCGCGGCACCAUCUUGGGGAAGAACACGAUGAACGGACAGAUCAUUGUCGCCUUUAAGAAGUCUAUGAUUAUGGUUUCGGACGGCAACAGCAGUGACUUGUCCACCCCAAACGAAAAAGCGGCGGCUUCACCAUCAUUACUGGUGCCUCCCCCACCACUCCCUUCGCCAAGGCCGCCACCGGUCGUCAGGAUUGCUGCUCCGUGCCGUCCAUCAGACGAGGAAGUCGAGGAGGCCGAAGUGCAUGUCUCCCCUGUUUGA